AUGGAAUCCACACUCACCUUCGUGCUCCUGCUAUUGGCAAUCGCAUUGCGAGCCGCAGCCCAGGCCCAGGCACCCGCCACCCCGGGCUCGGGAGCGCCCAUAUCGUCGCGAGACCGGAUCUACACGGGCGACCAAUCGUCCAACACCAUCACGGUCAUCGAUCCCUCAACGCUCUCGGUCCUAGGCACCAUCUCGCUGGGCUCGCAGCGGCUAUCGGACGUGAUAGGCCCGCAAUACAUCCGGGGCGUCAACUCGCACGGGCUGGGGUUUUCACGCGACGGGCAGUACAUCGUGUCGACGAGCGUGACGAGCAACACGGUGACGGUGAUCCGCACGCGCGACAACGCCAUCGUCAGCCAGACCUACACCGACCGACAGGCGCACGAGGCCUUCUUCGCAUCCGACAACCGCACCGUGUGGGUCGGCACGCGGGGCGUCGACCACAUCACGCUCGUCGACGGCAUCGAGGGCGGCGUGAUAGACACGAUCCCGUCGUGGGUCCUCUUCAGCCCCGACGGCCAAACCGCCUACGUCAACCACAUCCGCUCGCCCUCCAUCCACGUCCUCUCCGUCGCGACCCGCGCCACCCUCGCCAACAUCACCGGCCUCGCGCACCCUUUCUCAUCCGACAUGAUGCUGUCAGCCGACGGCGCGCGCCUGUGGGCCGCGCACAAGCUGGCUGGCGUCGUCUCCGUCAUCUCGACUUCAUCCCUCCGCGUCGUCGCCGUGCUCGACACGGGCGCCGAGACGAACCAUCCGAACUUUGCGUCUGUCAGUACUAACGGAAGCACGACAACGUACGGCUUCGUGACCGUCGCGGCGCGGGACGCGACGCGCGUCUACGUGCAGCCGGACCCAGAAGCGGCGCCGCGGUGGGUGCGGGAUGUGAAGAGUAGUGGCGUCGAGCCGCAUGGCUUGUGGCCGAGCGCGGAUAAUGCGCGCAUGUACGUCGUUAACGAGCAUAGCGAUACGGUGGAUGAGAUUGACUUGACGCGCGGGGAGGACGGGUUCGAGGUGGUAAGGACGGUGGGGGUGGGGCAGGAGGGGCAGGCGCUGGUGUAUGUGUCGAAUGCGGUGCCUGAGGGUGGCGAAGGCGGGAAGGAGAAUCUGGGGACGCAGGGGCUGGUGGGUGGUGGGUCGGCGGUGCUGAAUCAGGUCGUGGAGGUCGAUGGUGGUAGUGGGGAUAAUUCGUCGUCGCCGUCGGCGCUGGUGACGGUCAGGCCCGCGGUCGGGUUGGACAUGUUCCAGGUCAUUGGCCGCAAUUUGCGGCUGAACGCUACGUACGAGGUCAGCGCUGCGUGUGGGGGAUGUGGUGGCGUGCGCAUUCCGUUGCUGGACUUCGUGGCUUCGAUGCCCAUUCCCGGCCAGGCUGGCUGCGCAACGGCGCCGCAGGUGCUGGGCUUCUUCAAGUUCGACGGCGUGUAUGACGUGGAUAGCUUGCAGGUUCGUGAAAAGUGA